UAUGCCGCAGGUGCGCGUGCGCAGAGCCUCUGGCGCCCUGCCAUUCUAAAGCGUGACCUCAGGAGAGCAUUGCGGUUCCACUCCUCAGGCCUCGAGCCACUCGGAGUCUCGCCUCUGCGGAAUUCAUAGCUAUCCCACUCCGAGCUUGGGAACCAGGCGUUUCGGGCUCGUGAGUGCCCUUCCAGGACCAGCGAGGGACGCUGUCGCAUCUGGCUCCCAUUUCUGGGGCUGGCACGAAAGCAAGAGGACCUCACGCCAUUUUGCACAUCUUGAGAUGUUGGGUUCCAGUGGACACCUGUGUUCUCUUGAACAGCCUAGAACCAGUUCCCUGGGUCCCGGUGACAGGAAUCGGAAGAAAAGCCACACCAGCCAACUGCAGGAGCUGGCAUUGCUGAUACCUGUGACCCUGAAGACUGGUUCCAAGAAGCUCACCAAGCAGAAGGAGAUUCUGCUGCACGUCCUGCACUACAUACAGUACCUCCAGAGAACCAUCGAUGUGGUCAAGGCCUUGCUCAAAAUCUACCUCAGAAGUGAGGAAGGUGGACUUGGGGGAUUGGGCUGGAAUCCAGCCACAGGCCCAGCCAGGCAGAGACACUCCACCCCCUCCAGCUCUCCAUGCUGUCAGAACUCUCAGCUUUGGGGGGCCUGCCAGAAACCUCAGAAGAAGCAGCUGACCCAAGCAGAACUCGAGACCUGGCCCCAAAAGUCUCGAAGCUCUCUGGCUCUGGACACGCCUAAAAAGCUGGUGAUAUCCUCAGACCAGAAAGAAGAAAACAUGGGAAGGACCACCACCUCUCCAAGGUGCCCUGAUGCCUGCGAUUCCCCCAAGGCCGUGCUGUCAUCUCAAGAAGGAAAUGCAGAUGGAGAAGCAGGAGCCCAGCUGAUGCUGCUAGAUAUGACCAAGGACAUUGACUUUGAUGACAUCACAAGCAGCUGUUGUACAGAUGGUGCCCAGGAUGACGAGCCUGACCCCGCCUUUGAGGAUGAGAGCAGGGGUGAGAUGACCUACUUCCUCAGUGAGACACUGUUCUACCCCAGUCAGCAGGUGGUCUUCUAUGAUUCCAGUGAGGAGGUGGACAAUGAUGCUGAUCCUUGGCUUCCUGUCUGCACCCCAGAGGGCAGCUCCCAAGAGAGCCUGCUGGCCUUGCCACCUCCCCAGGUCCCUACCUGGAGUGUGACAGGCCACCCGGAUAAGAUUCUAGGACUCAGCCCUUCUCUCUUCAGCUCCCCAAGCAAACUGCUGCCAGAACAGAUCUUGGAGGAUGACACCAUGUUUCUGACUCAAGGUCUCUUUGAAGAGGUGCUCUUAGAUUCUGAGUCUCCACCUUCUGCUUGUGUGCUUGCAGCUCCUCAGGAGAAGGAUUCCCCCUCUAGGGCCCCCGAAGUACCCCCUGACUUCUACAGCCUGUGCCAGUCCUCAGUGUUCUUGGACCACUGCUACCUCUCCCUGAGUGACAACAGCAAGGCGCUGUCCAGCCCCAGCUCUGAGGACACUGACACAGAUUCCCUGUGGGAACAGGAAGAGGACACUCAGGCUGACCCCGAGGACUCACAGUCCUCCAAUGAUGAGGAUGACGACUACACAUGGACCCCCAGCCAGCGGGCCUCCACCCUGCCUGCCCCUGGGAGGAGGGCCAGGAAGGGCCCGGCCAGCAAGGGCCUCGUGAAGCCCAAGGAGAGCAAGAAAGCCCCCUGCCCCACCAAAGUGAAAAAGAAGUGUGUCAACGGCUUCAUCAUGUUCUGCAGGAUGAACCGGAAGCCGUAUAUUCGAGCCUGCCCUGGGACUGCGUCCACAGCUGCCACCAGGGAGCUGGCCCGGCUGUGGCGGGUGAUGACCCAGAAGGAGCGGAGACCAUACUGCACCAAGGCUCGCAGGUUCAGCCGCCAGCACAACCGCAUCGUGAAGCAGGACAGCUCCAACAGUGAGAAUGAGGACUGGGAGACUCCCAAGCCCUUCUACCAGCUGCUGGCUGAGAAGGCGCGAGUUUCCUCGGACUUAGCCUCGGCGCCACCCCCUCACCGUGACUGAGAGGGUGGAACUCCACACACACACACCCGCAGUUCCUACAGCCUUGUUUGAAACCAGGAGCCAGCGAUGGCCAGGUUGUCCCCACUCCCGCCUCAGCCCCUGCUGUUGUAGGGCCAGGCCAGUUCCCAGGGACUGAGAAUGAGUUGUUAUUUAUUUGCGCUUUGCCUUAUGCAUGCAGGGGCACUGGCCUUCUCACAGCCCCUCUCCACCCUUCGGUCAGCAGGAGCCCCAGGGUGGGUGGAGGAAACCCUAGAAGAAAUGCAGGAGGGGAAGUUCCUGAGCAGAGGCUCCCACCACCCGUCCUCUCCCUCCAGAUCAACUGGUCUUCAUUCACACCUCACCUCCCUUC